AUGCACCUUCGUCUCGUGCUGAGUAUCGCUGCGGCUGGAGUGAUCGGACGAGCGUCGGCCGCUUCGAACACCACUGCGGGUCAUACGCUGGCCCAAUGGGACCCUUGCCAAGGCUUCACGUUUGAUGCUGCAGGCGAGAGCGAUGUCCCGAGCUUCAACGCCGAGUGUAUGGUCUUUGCGGCCCCGUUGUGUUACCCCGGGGUCUGUGAGGCGCCGGCAAAUGUAAACCCGAACAUCGAGAUUUUCGUGAAGCGGGUGGCUGCUACGGCGGGCGACGCCAAGAAUGCCCCGAACCUGCUGCUGGUUCCAGGUGGCCCCGGCGUCUCCUCCGAAACUCUGGAGUCUGCGUUGGACUUGCUAUCCGCGAAACUUGGCGGAGCAGUCAACGUGUACUUGAUGGAACAUCGCGGCACUGGACGCAGCACGCGACUGGAUUGCGUGGCCUCCCAAAGCACGACGACUGGGUCCCCGUCAGGCCUUCAAGUCGAACCGUCAGAGGUUCCUGCUUGUGCGCAGGUUCUGCAGGAAACGUAUGGGAGUCUCGCUUCGUUCUCAACCACAAGCGGUGCGAUGGACCUGGCGACGUUCAUCUCCGAAUACACAAAUGGCGCGCCGACCUUUGUGUUCGGAAGGAGCUACGGGACGGCGGUCAUCCAGCGUCUGAUGCAGUUGAACCCGCCGACUGUGACUGGAUACGUUUUGGACAGCGUCAUGGCUACUGCAGUUGCACCGGACAAGAAGUUCUACCACUCGUCGCGGGACACCAUGUUUGGUGAGGUGGGUGAGCAAUUCAUGAACCUGUGUGCGCAAGACAGCAACUGUGCCGCUCAGUUCAAAGACAAGAGCUUGUCAGCUACGCUUCACGACCUGCUUGCGAAGUUCGACAGCGACGCCAGCUCGACCUGUGCUGCACUGGUGGCGGAGUACACGAAGAAGUCACCGUCAGCCGGUCUUCGAGACCAAUUGGGUAGCAUCUUGAACAAUCAGAAUUUGAGAUCCCUGAUCGCACCGUUGGUGUACCGAUUCAAUCGCUGCGAUCCCAGCGACGUCCCAGCCCUGACGCAGUUCCUCCAGAUCAACACCGAGGAAGAGUCGAGAACGGACGUGAACGAUGCGCUUGCUUCGAAGCUGCUCACCAAUGUCAUUUUCUUCUCGGAGAUGUGGGAGACGCCUAUACCUUCGCUCGCUGAACUGCAGACUCGGUUCACGACCGCAGGCAUCUCGAACCAAGCCGUGUACGAAUCCUUAUCCUGGUUUUGCGCAUACUCGAAAGAGCAGUCGGCACAAUGCGAGGAAUUUGGAGUCGGCAGCUACAACGCCAACGGUAUCAUAUACCCGCAUGAUCAGUACUGGGACAAGCUUGCCACAGUCCCUAGCACAGCCAGCGUGCUACUGCUGGCUGGAGGAUUGGACCCACUGACGCCUGCUAAGUACACGAAGUCUCUGUUUGAGGCGCUUGAUACUCCCAACAAGGAGCUCAUUGUGUUCGACUACUCGUCGCACUCGGUAAUCGCUUCGACUCCGAUUGGAGAUGGCGAGACGACCUGUGGGUUCAAUUUGCUGAUCUCGUACGUUGCCGGGAACGGUAACCUCAACAGUCUGGACAAGUCGUGCAUGGCCCAGGUGGCUGGAUUCGACAUGGCAUUGCCACCCGAUACCGUGAGCUACCUUUUUGGCACAAACGACGCGUACGGCAGUGCCCAGGCCCCGACUGGCCAAACCGAACAAAUCACGCCGGCGUAA